CUGACUCCAUCUCAUACUGUUAGUGGCAUGAUGAGAACUUCCGUCACCCUUUUCAUCUUUGCUGUUCUACUUGCUGUCGCUAAGCCAGGGUUUGCCAUUCAGUGCCGGACCUGCACAGGCAUAAAUCUAGACUGUUUCGGCUCCCUCAUGAACUGCGCCUCUGAAUAUGAUAUCUGUGGUUCACUUUUCAUUGAAGCUACACUGUUAGGAAAGACAGUGACAACUACAAAAAGAUCAUGUACGACACAAAAGAGCUGUGUUCCUGGGGAUAUAUUUAUGCAUCUUGCAAAUGGAUAUCUGGAGACUGGGAGCAGCAUUUGCUGUACAACCGAUGACUGCAACGCAGCAAAUCUUACAGUACCAGCACGGAAUGAAACCCUGAACGGAAUACAGUGCCCUUACUGUGUCGCUGAGGGCUCCCAGACAUGCAAAGACGAGACCAUCAAUUGCACUGGGUUGGAAACUCAAUGCUUCACCAGGCAGAUCGGUUCCAUCACCCACAAGGGCUGCGCCUCCAAAUCUUUCUGUGCUAAUAGUCAAUCAAUUGUCAUUACUGAAAAGCUUUAUACGGUAAUAUCUUCUCAAUGGAUAAGCUGUAAAGCAGCUUCUGAAGAACAAGAUGUCCCAGGAAGAGCAAGUAAAGUGCUGCAAUCAACCCAGAUCUACCUCCAAAUCUUUGUUGGAUUUCUGAUCGCAAAUAGUUUCUUCCAGUGUCUUUUUUAGUGUCUGUUACCAUGAGGACCUUUUGCAAACCUUGUGUGUUUCUCAUUUGAUUUUCCUUUGUUUUAGAUGGCCCCUUCUUCCCUUCUUUUGGGGGUUUGCUAAAGUCUGAAUCCGUGCCUUUUCUGGAAAUAUUCUGAGGGUAUCUUUAAGUAAUACUGAAAGAUUUUUUAAAAAAAUUCUGUAGAUUUAAUAAGAAUGUAAAAUGUAAUUUGGCUAGACUAUGCAUUCUCAAUUCCCAUUUUUAUCUUGCCCUAAAACAAUGGGUGAAAAAUGACCACCCCGAUUGCACUUUCGGGCGCAGAAUGCAGAGAAGCAUUCUUCCAGGAGAACAACUUCUUCCUGUACAUUCUUCCUGUAUAUUGUCACCCGCACAUUAUUACAUAGCUUCCUCAAAAUAACAGCCACUUACAGUUUAGUUUUCUUUGGAUGAGAGACCGCAGAAAAAUUGCCUUCCAAACAUGGCAGCUUCCUCUAUCCAUUUCAAUUAAUUUAUAACAUGAAAUGAAACUUGUCAUAUAUAUAAUGGAUUAACUGUUUACAAUAAUAAACGUGCAUGA